AUGAUAUCAUCACCUCUCUUAUUAGAACCUUCAAGUCAAAGAACAAGAUCUCUCAGUAUCAGUCCAUCAGUAUCUCUACUAAACCCUGGGAAUUUAUUACUAUCUCCACAAACUACUGCACAAUCUGGUCACUCUUCGGUUUCCUCCGGAGCUCCAAGCACAGCCUCUGCUAUUACUACUACUAUUACCGAUGACUUUGAUAUUACUCCAUACUGUAUAGGAACUCCUCAUACCAUUGGUACAUCAUCAUCUGGAACUAUCCAACUUCAAGUUUCACUCCAAGAAGAGGUCAUCUACCUACCAUGUCCAGAAGCAAAUGGACCUUCUUCUUAUCGUGAACACGAUAAUGGUAUCACUGCAGACCCCUUUUCAAGCAACACUCCACCAGUCAAUGACCCUCUCAAUGAAAAUUACUCACCUUCAUCUUCUUUCACAAAUACUCCUGAUAUGACAAGUAACGUUGUUGCUGCUGCUACCGCUGCUGCUGCUGCUGCUGCUGCUGCCGCCGCCACAUCCUCAAAUACCCCAUCGUUAAAUCCAGUAAACACUGCUUCAAGCCACAACAGCCACAAUCCUUCAGACCACCACCACCAUAAUAACAACAACAAUAACAACGACCAUUCAGCCAGAUCAAGAUCAUCUCAUAGAACUUGGCUGGGAAGACGUCACCAUGAAAGCCCAUCAAGUAGUCCAAGUAGUAGAACUUCUUCUACAGAUUCAAAUACCCGAAGUCAAAGUCCUCCUCAAAGUACUGCUACUACUACUACUACUACUACUGCUGCUGCUGGUACUACACAACAACAACAACACCACACACACCCUAGCAGACACGUGACAAACCUCAUCAACUCGGCUCUACCACCCGAUUCGGGUCCCGGCGACAUGCAGCCUGCCAUCUUACGCGGGUCACUUGUCAUGAAACUUUCCAAACCAACAAAAAUCAAGGACAUUUCUCUGCGUUUCUAUGGCAAGUCCAAGUCUAACUGGCUGGAAUCAAACUAUUCUAAAGAUCUUGGCGUCACCCUCCCACACGGCCCGGAGUUUCAAGACGAAGUAUUGGUGAACUCGCACACGUGGGAUUUUGUCCCUAAUAAUGCAGAUGCAACCGCCCAUCCAUCUUCAAUUGUUAAUCUCGACGGCGUCUCUGUCGUCACUUCUGAUUUGCUGGGUGCAGAUGUUGCCUACAUUCGGCCUGGAGCGUCUUCUUCUUCUUCUUCUGGUAAUCUCUCACCUGGACUUAAUUUUAAAACUCCUCUGCCCACCCCUGAGCCUUCAAAUCGCAGACGCACCUCGGUCUCCAGUAUGGAUAUCUUAAGUGAUAAUGAUGGUGAUUAUGAUGAUGACGGGGAUGAUGAAGACAUUUAUAGCGCACCACAUCACAAUCAUCACAAUCAUCACCAUCAUAAUCAUCAUCAUCAUCACCAACAUCACAACCAACGCAGAUCUUCUGAACCACAACUCCUCUCCCUAAAUCAUGUCCCCUUUUUUACUCCCCUUUACUUUAACCCACCAAACUCAGGGAAACAAUCAGAUAAUCAAGCACUACUUUCCCCAUCAUUUAAUCCAGUCCACGGAACAUCGGCAACUACAUACCCUGCAGGCCAAUAUGUUUUCCACUUCACCUUAGCAAUAGAUCCACGCACUGCUGAAACCAUCCGCUGUCCCAACGGGACAAUCCGUUACUAUCUUGUCGCCCGCAUCAAUCGCGCAAGCCGCUUUAGCUUUGCCACCACAGGUCACCGUGAAGUGACUCUUGUGCGCAGCCCCCCUGACUCUUUUGACUCCACAGUCGACUCUCCUAUUGCCAUCUCCCGUGACUGGGAUAACCGACUGCACUAUGAAAUUAUGUGCCCUAAAAAAUACAUUCCUCUUGGCACUUCCAUACCCCUCUCCAUUAAACUCACACCCAUCGAUAAAGUCCAAGUCCAUAGAGUUAGAGUCCAAGUUAUUGAGGUAGUCAACUACAUUUGCGCAAAGUCAGACUUGCUCCAGCACGUGGAACCAAUCCGUAAAGUCACACUAUUUCAACAAAGAGCCCCCUCAACUGAACCUAAGGAACCUAAACCUUUGCAGCCAGUCACUUCCACGUCUUCCUCACUUGACAAGAAUAAGAAAAAAUCUAACUUGACUCCAGGUAACCUUCUCAACUACCUCAAAAGCCCCACUGCUAGUACAAGUACUAAACACGCUCCUUCCUCAACUAAUACUAACAACCAAUCAAACUCUCUCAUCAACACUACAUCCGACCUCAAUAGUGACCUUGGAGAGCUCCUCUCAGCAACUACAGAAAUCUCAUGUACUCUUCCCUUUGUCUCCCGCGAAGACAACUGGGACUCAGUAGCUUCCCACCAUUUCAUCUCACCACCCCCAGACAGCAAGUACUUUCAGUUCUUGCGCCCAGAUGCAAUCCAUAACCCCUUCAUCCAUGUCCGUCACCGUCUCCACGUCUCUUUUAGACUCUCCAAGAAAGACUCCCAGGACUCAAAGAGACGCUACUUUGAGGUUCUCAUUGAUACUCCCAUCCACUUUUUGUCCAAGUACUGCAAGUCGGAAAGUAUCGAUCUGCCUUUAUACGAAGAAGGAAACCAAAUGACUCAGCAGCAACAGUUCCAGUACCACCAACAGCUCCUGCUCCAGUACCAAAAUGAACUCCAACAAUAUUCCCAUGGCACAGAUGCAAGCUCUUCUGCUAUUAAUAUCCCCCGCGCCUACGCUUCGGGCGAAAUCGGGUCGCCUUUGGUUCGCGUGGUUUCUUCAGAUACCUCCCACUCUCCAACCUAUGAAGGGUUCAGCCAGUUUGACACUCCACCAACCCUCCCACCUUCCUUUGAUGAUGCUCUUGCCGACCCCCUAUUGUCAGCUCCUGGGUCACCACUCCCACCAAAUCGACAACAGCCUCUUACUAUCACAGGUAGCCCUCUAAGCAGCUCCCCUAGCUCAGAUACUGGCACUAUCCGCUCGGUCCCUCCGUUAUCAAACGAAAGCAGAGCGUCGCUUGCAUCUUCAGUAGUUCCAACAGAGCCUCGCGCAAUAACGCCUCCAGGAGCGACAGCUGCACCAACACAGACGCUGUCUGCUGCUGCUGCUGCUGCUGCUGCUCCUCCGCCAAACUAUGCAGACAUUAUGCGCGAAACUGUGCCGCUGCUACGUGAAAACUCAAACUCAAGUGGACUCAGCGGGGGGAGCAGCGCCAUGAGCAGCUUUAACCUGGCAGGACCUCCUUCUCCCAAUGUCAUUGCUCCCAUCUGUGAUUCCCCUGCACCUUCAAUCUUGUCAACAGUCAGCGCGGGCGUUGGCAUUGGUAUUCGGGCCCCCGUUCCUAACGCUGCAGUCUCUGCAACUCCUCUCUACGUCCACAACAAUCUCAGUACCAAUGGAAGCAGACUUCAAGUACACUCUAAUUACUUUGGCCGGAACGGACUCCUGAGCACGCGUGGCGAGGACUACACUGAAAGCGUGCAAGAUAGCGAUGAUGCUGAACGGCAAUUGUUUAUGGAAUCGAUGCAAUCCUCGAGGUUCAACACCCCAGGGUUUUAA